GGGAGAGAGCCUUUAAUGUACUUUGGCACUUUGCCAGGGUGGGCAGGCCGUGUCCCCACUGGCUCACAGAGAAGAAAAGCAAAGAGGAAGUAAGCCAUAGAGCUUUCUCAUUCUCUGAGUUGCGAGAAGGACCUCAUCAUGUGGAGACAAGCUGCGUUUGCUGCAGUCGGAGGAGCUGUGGCAGUGGGGGCUGUGCCUGUGGCGCUGGGUGCCGUGGGCUUCACUGGGGCAGGAAUCGCUGCCUCCUCCAUAGCGGCCAAGAUGAUGUCGGCAGCGGCUAUUGCCAAUGGUGGUGGAGUUGCAGCGGGCAGCCUGGUGGCCACUCUUCAGUCAGUGGGGGCAGCUGGUCUUUCCACAUCAUCCAACAUCCUCCUGGGUUCCAUUGGUUCAGCCUUUGGGGCCUGGUUGGGAUAUUCUUCUUCCUCAGAUGGAACCAACGCUGAAAAUGACCAGUCCUCUUCAGGGGAAAACCAGGAAUAAAGACCACAUGCUGACAUGCCUCCUGUCUUUGCUUCUUGAGGCUCUGUUUGGAGAGAUGUGAGCUGGGGGUUUUGAGUCCUCCAGGGUCUCCCAGCUAGCCUUGCCCUGGAGGGCAGAGGGAGCUGCA